AUGGAUUAAUAAUAACCAAAUGAAGCACAAGAAUCACAAUUAGCAAAAACCAUCAUAAAUAUUAAUAAUCAUUUUGAAAAUAUUAAUAAUCAAAUAAAAGAUGAAUUCCCUUAAAUUCCAUAAAAAAGCACAGUACUUAUCUUUUUGGGAGAAUUUGGAUAAUAAUUUCUUAAUUUCUAUGCUCAUUUUGAAACAUAAUAAGUCAUUUAAGUUAAUAAAUACUAUAAUUUAGUCUAAGUAGAAGAUUAAGGAAAAAUUUAUUAUUUAUUAAAUUUUCCUAUGAUCUUAUUAUAUGAUGAUCAAAAUAAUGAAAUAGCAUAGAAUUUAUGUAUUUCUAAAAUUUAUGCUGAAAUGGCAUUAAAAUAAAUGGAAAAAUGUUCUUUUAAUUUAAUAUUAGAUAAUUAAUAAAUAAAAGGAGAUGAUGAUUUGGCAAAGUUGGAUAAUGUGAUUGAAGAUUCAAUAUUUUAUUUUGGAUCUUAUUAUUUUAAUGUAGAUAACUUUUUCUUGUUAAGAAAUCAAGUAGAAAAUCGAUGGGAUUAUCUAUAAUUUUCAAAAUCAAAUGGAUUUUUUUCUUAUUUUUCAUAGAAAUAAUAAAUUUAAACUCAGAAUGUUGGCUAAAAUGAAAUUUUGAAUUCAAUCAUUAAAUCAGGCAAUAUAAUAAAUGUAACCAAAGUAAAAUCAUAAGAUUUCAUCAAUUAUGGAAAAAUGAUGACAUAUUUAUAAAAAUAGUAUGAUGCUUUAAAGGAAUAAUUGAAUCUUAAUAUUUUACAAUUUUAAAAACUCCUUCUUUACUUAUAAUAAAUGCCAAUCAUCAAUAAUAAUUCUGAAGUUCUAAAAGAAGUUGAAGACUAUUUAAAAGAAUUAUAUAAGAAUUUUGAGGAUAAAAGAAAUCUUCUAACUGAUAAGGCUUCUUAAAUUGGGAGUGUUUACAAAUAUAUUAAUAAAGUGAAUAAACAGGUUAAUGCUUGUAUGAUAAAUAAAAGAUAAGAAAAAGUAUUUAGUCCUUAAAUGAAACAAUUUAAGGAAGAUAAUAAAAUUGAAUAAUUAAAAAUUAAACCUUUACUUAGUGAUGAUCUAAAUGUUAAACUUAAUAGCAUAAUUUAAUUUUUUGUUCAAUAUCUUAUUACAAUAAUAAAAAAUGAUACAAUUUGUGAAGUGUAAAAAUUAAAAUUAAAUCUUAAAUAAUGGUGUGCCUACUGUCAUGAAUCAUUAGAAAAUACUCUCUAUGAACUAAAAUAUAUCACAUAGAGAAUAUAAAAAGGACCAAAAAAAGAAAUUGAAAAUGGAAUAUAUUUUAUAGGUAUAACAAAAGCAGGGAAAUCUACAAUAAUUAAUUCACUUCUUAAUCCACAUAAAAUUGUUUAAGAAGAAUUUCUAGGUUAAAAAUGUUAUAGAAUUAAAAUUGAGACAAAGUUUGAGAUUGGAGAGGGUGGGGUUAGUGAAACAUAAAAAAUUAGUGGUGUCUAUAUAGGUAAAAAGGAAGAAUUAAAUUAAUUCUUUGAUUAAGAUGAAUCAAAUGUUUUUAGUCUUGAAGAAGUAUUGGACUAGAACUAAAAUCAAAAUUGUAAAAUCCCUUAAAAAUGUUUCAUUUUUGAUUGUCCUGGGUUUGAUGAUAAUUCUAAUGAAUUAAUGAGAAUUGCACAUAGGAUAAGUUUAUACAAUUACUUCAGCAAAACAAAAAAUAUAAUUGUAUUUUUUGUAGUUGACAUUUCCUAACAAAAUAAUGAUUAGAUUAAAAAUACUUUUGAUCCAAUAAGCUAUCUUUUGGAAAAUAAAAAGGACUUAGAAUAGGAUUUUGAUAAAUGGACAAAUUUGAUUCUAACAAAAGCUAAAGAUGGAUCAAGAUAAAAAUAUUUGGAAAGUUGGGAAAAGGUUUAUAAAGGGUAUUUAGAGUAAGAUUAUAGUUUCUAUAAAAAAUUAUUUGAAAAUGAUGAAAGAUGUAUUGAAUUCCCAAAACCAUCAAAGGAUAUAACUAAAAAUAUUAAAAAUUUAGUUGAUUCAAUUCCCUAAAAGUUAUAAAAUUAACUUGAAUAAUAAAAAAAAUAAUAAUAAAAUGAAUAAUAAUAAAGCAAAUAAUAAUAAAAUCAAUAAUAAUAAAAUGAAUAAUAAUAAAAUGAAUAAUAAUCAAGCAAAAAAGAAUAAAGCAAAUUCAAACUUGUUCUUGAUGAUAAAGUUUGGAGGCUUUACGAACAAUGCAUACCUAAAGCUAAAAUGAAAUUAGAAUAAUUAAUAAAUUUUUUAAUUGAAGAUUUAGAUUAAUAUAUUUUAGAAAGUGAUGAUACUAUUAAUUAAAAAAAAGAAUAAAUGCAAAAAAUCUAAAACAUUUUAUUAAACUAAAUAAUACAGGAUACUAAAAUAAAAUAGGAUAUCAAAAAAACAUAGGAUAUCUAAAUAAUAUAGGAUAUCAAAAAAACAUAGGAUAUCUAAAUAAUAUAGGAUAUCAAAAUAACAUAGGAAAACUGUGAAUAAAUCCUUAAAGGUAUAUCUGAUUGGGUAAAGGGAAAUCACCACUUAAAACAUAAUGAUUUUUUCCUUUAAUUAUACAUUGAAGAUAUGAAAUCCAUUUUAACAAUAUCAAAAUAUUGCUAAAAUAAUAAUAUAGCGCCUUUUGAAAUUAAAAUUGAUCACCUAGUUAAUAAAAUUAAAACAAUCCUUAAAAUGAUUGAAUAAACCAUUUAGUAUUAUAAAAAUUUGAAGUACACUGGAUAUGCUACUACUUUUAUAGCAGGAAUAGCGACUUGUGGUACAUCUCUAGCUUUGUUAGAAGUUGGGGUUUUGGCUAAUUUGGCUAGGCAAUUUUUAUUAACAAGAGGUGCAUUGUGGGUAGCAACUGUAAGUUCAGGAUCCCUUACAGCAAGUACUAGUGGUUUAAGUGUAGUUUUAAAUUUUAUUGAAUCCUGGAAAAAUACACAUUUAAAAAAGAUUUAUCAAACAGAAUUGGAGAAAUAAUAAUAAUAAGAAUAAUAAUAGAGAGAAUAGUAAUAAUUAUUAUAACAAUAAAAAUAAUAGAACGCUUGAA